AAGCGUCUACCCGGAGACCUACCAAAGCUCAUCGAUAUUGAAGCGAUUCGCCAUUCUGUGCCUACGACCACUGAUAAGCCAACGCUGAAGCUUCGGAGAUCACCUCACAUGUUCCUCGCUGCGUCAGGUGGAUGGCUGGAACUAGAAAUUGUGUUUACGCCUUCCGCGGUUGUACCUGCAUUCUUGGAACAGGUCUCAAUCGCUGUAGCGCCCGUUCAGAUGGCUGACAUUGAUACGUUGGGGACCAUUGGAAAUGACGAAAAAUUUGUGUGGAUACCUGCAUUCUCCGUCAGUGGUGCAUGCAAAGCAAUGGACAUUCACCUGGCUUCAAGCUCAAUGAUGUUUGGGACAAUUGUUGUUGGCAGUCAAGCUAGUAGGAACCUGGCUGUGAUAAAUCGUGGCGAUCUUGGCUCGAGAUUCCAGUGGGAUGACAAGAGCUUUGGUCCAGAAGGUGUAAAGUGUUUACUGGAGAACGGAGCCUCCUUCCAGGUCAAUAUGACCGCCAUUUGUGUCCCGCCAACCGUCGCGAAGGAUGUUCUGCAGUUCUCCUGUCCGGUGCGUGCGACGGACACUCGGGGCGUCGCGGUGGCAAAUCGUACAAACUCCCAUUGGUUACUCAAACCUGUUGUAAGCGGUAGCGAAUGGAGCGGUGCGGAGACCUUUGAAGUUGGUCCACAGGAGACCGGUUACUAUGAAGUCACCUACCACCCUCUCAGAAUGUGUACAAAUGGGGAAAAAAAGAGUGGUACAGUGUUCUUCCCUCUUCCUGAUGGAAUGGGAAUACUACAUAAUCUAGCGGGCAUCGCUGAGCCCCCGAAAGCAAUGGGCAAGUUCAACAUCGAAUUCCGUGCCAGAGAAUCCCAUGAGUUCUCUGUCGAUGUGCCAAACUGGUUGCCGAGACCCCAACGGUUCACUGUCACGCGAAUGCUGGUUCGACCUGAUAAGGUCGAUAUGAAUUUAAGCAUAUCGGGGUUGGAGCACAUCGAUGUUGCCGGAAAUUCCUCAAAACAAUACAAACUCACAGUGUCUGCACAGAAGGAAGGUUCAACGCAACUGAAAGUAAGUAAUGGCUAUGCCACUCUCGAAUUUCUUCCACUCUUGCCCGGCGAAUACAAGGGGAGACUGGAGGUUAGCAGCCACGAUCUUGGCGUGUUCACUCAUGACCUGGAGUUCGUAGCUGAUACUGCACCCCUGGAGGAGGCCAUUUCAUUCGAGGUUCAUCUAGGCCAGUCUUCAUCUAAAGCGGUGCGGUUUUCCAACCUGACGAAGACGAAAGCCGACUUUACUUGCAAGCAGAUUGCUGACGACUGUGUCGUUGCCAUGGAACCAGUCCUGGUGCUGAGGGUGAGUGCGGCUGAGGACAUCCAGGGCGGUGGAAUGGACUUUAUUAGCCAUGGCGACUUUCAGUGUGAUAAAUCGAUAACAGUUGCACCGGGCAUUGAAGCAAGUCUGCCGGUGACCUUCGAACCAAUUACAAUAGGAGAAACAACCGCCACACUGACCAUUGUCAACGCUCAGGCGGGUGAAUACGUGUUUCCCCUUCGUGGAACUGCGAAGCUACCUGUGCCUCAAGGACCCAUCGUUGUGCGCAACAAGGAAACGGCACACAUUGUUUUCAAAAAUGUUUUCCCAGUAAAUACUGAAUUCUUUAUUCAUGUAAGUUACCAAUAA